GUUCGUUUUUUCCCCUACCCCUACCUUUUUCUUUCAAUCUUUCUUCCGAUAUCUUGUUGAAAGCGUUCGGAAGAACACCAGUCUUAAGCUAAACCUUCUGCUACGAAUUUCUUCCACAGUGAGGCUAUAUACAGUUGAUUUUCCACCGUCAUUUUUCAAAAAUCACUUGGUAAAACGGUAAAACCUCCCUACUUUCCCAAAUCCCAACUCUUCGCUACACCAUGAUGAGGUUUUUCGGACGGUCACCGACCGCUGUGGAAUCGCCGCAGUCGGCAUCUCCGUCGAAUUCACCGUUGCCGCCGUAUCCGCAACCCUCCGUCAACACUGCGGCAGGACCGGCCAGGCCUAUUCGGUUUGUGUAUUGCGACGAGAAAGGAAAAUUUCAGAUUGAUCGGGAGGCCCUUUCUGUGCUCCAGCUGGUUAAAGAGCCCGUUGGGGUUGUCUCCGUCUGUGGGCGCGCCCGGCAAGGCAAGAGCUACAUACUAAAUCAGCUUCUUGGGAGAAGUAGUGGAUUUCAAGUGGCAUCAACUCAUCGUCCGUGUACCAAAGGUCUUUGGUUGUGGAGUGCACCUUUAAAGCGAACUGCUCUUGAUGGAACAGAGUAUAACCUUUUGCUGAUUGACACUGAAGGAAUCGAUGCAUAUGAUCAAACAGGAACUUAUAGCGCUCAAAUAUUUUCAUUGGCAGUCCUCCUAUCAAGCAUGUUCAUUUACAAUCAGAUGGGUGGUAUCGAUGAAGCUGCUCUUGAUCGGCUCUCGCUUGUCACUGAAAUGACUAAACAUAUUAGGGUCAGAGCAUCUGGAGGAAGGAAUACAGCAUCUGAACUUGGACAGUUCUCACCCAUUUUUGUCUGGCUGCUUAGAGAUUUUUACUUGGACUUAACUGAGGAUAAUAGGAAAAUAACACCACGAGAUUACUUGGAGCUUGCAUUGAGACCAGUUCAAGGUGGUGGUAGAGAUGUAGCAUCCAAGAAUGAGAUUAGAGAGUCAAUUCGUGCUCUUUUUCCUGACAGAGAGUGCUUUACUCUUGUGAGACCUUUGAGCAAUGAAACCGAGUUGCAAAAGCUUGAUCAAAUAUCUUUAGAUAAACUCCGGCCAGAAUUUAAAGCAGGUCUUGAUGCGUUGACAAGAUUUGUCUUUGAGAGGACCAGGGCCAAACAAGUCGGUGCAACAGUAAUGACAGGACCCAUCUUUGCCCAAAUUACUCAGUCUUUUCUCGAUGCACUAAAUAAUGGUGCUGUGCCGACAAUUACAUCUUCAUGGCAGAGUGUUGAGGAAGCUGAGUGUCAAAGAGCCUAUGACCUAGGUGCUGAGGCAUACAUGUCUUCUUUCAAUCGGUCCACACCUCCUGAGGAAGCUGCACUGAGAGAAGCACAUGAAGAUGCGGUCCAAAAGUCAAUGGCUGCAUUUAAUGCUACUGCUGUAGGGGCUGGAUCAAUCAGGCAAAAGUAUGAUAAGCGUCUUCAGAGCUUCAUCAAAAGGGCAUUCGAGCCACCUGAGCUACUUCAUGCACUGAGUGCUUGUUUUUUCCUAGAAAUGGUCAUCAAACUCCACCUCGAUGUUCACUUGUGGAUUAUCGAUUUNUCAAAUGCCAUACAAGACAUGGAAAAGGAACUCAGAAUGGCUUGUCAUGUUCCUGAUGCAAAAAUAGACGCUGUACUUAAAGUGCUUGAUCGUCUAGUAUCAAAUUAUGAAGCUUCAACUCAUGGUCCAGAAAAAUGGAGAAAACUUAUUGUUUUCUUACAGCAGAGUCUGGAAGGCCCUCUGUUAGAUCUCACCAACAAACAAAUAGACCAAAUCAGAUCAGAGAAGACUUCUCUUGCACUGAAGUGCCGUUCCAUUGAGGAUCGAAUGAGUUUGAUGAACAAACAGUUGGAAGCCAGCGAGAAGUACAAGUCUGAAUAUCUGAAGCGCUAUGAGGACGCCAUCAAUGACAAGAAGAAAAUUUCAGAUGAUUACAUGAGCCGUAUAACCACCUUGCAGAGCAGUUGCAGUUCGUUGGAGGAGAGAUGUUUCAGCUUGUCAAAAACGGUGGAUUCUGCCAAGCAGGAGUCUUUGGAAUGGAAAAGAAAGUAUGAGACAGUGUUGUCAAAGCUCAAGGCUGAAGAAGAUCAGGCAAAUGCAGAGAUUGCAAUUCUCCGGUCGAGAACAUCAGCUGCUGAAGCAAGAGUCGCUGCUGCUAAAGAACAAUCUCAAUCUGCUCAAGAAGAGGCCGAUGAGUGGAAGCGAAAAUUUGAUAGUGCUGCUAGGGAUGCAAAAAAUGCUCUUGAGAAGGCAGCGCUUGUCCAAGAGCGUACCAACAAGCAAACCCAUGCUAGGGAAGAGGCUUUGAGGAAAGAAUUUUCCCUUACCCUGGCUAAGAAGGAUGAUGAAGUUAAGGAUAAGGCGUCAAAGCUUGAAAAGGCAGAGCAACACUUGGCAACUCUCAGUGUGCAACUGAAGGCUGCCGAAUCGAAGAUAAAGAACUAUGAUGUUGAAGUUUCAUCAUUGAAGCAUGAAAUAAAGAAUCUGGGUGAGAGGAUAGAGAACAUCAGUGCAUCUGCACAGUCAUUUGAAAGAGAGGCUCGAAUUCUGGAACAAGAGAAACUCCACUUGGAACAGAAGUACCAAACGGAGUUUGAGAGGUUCGAGGAUGUCCAGAAACGGUGCAAAUCUGCCGAGACAGAGGCAAAGAGAGCAACCGAACUCGCAGACAAGGCGAGAUCCGAAGCUGCCAUGGCCCACAAGGAGCGGAGCGACAUCCAACAGAUAGCAAUGGAGAGGUUGGCUAAGCUGGAGAGGGCUGAUAGGCAUGUAGAGAACCUGAAAAGGGAGAUAUCUGACCUGACCCAGGAGGUGGUCAGGCACCGGUCAGCCGAAGAGGAUGCCCUGUCAAAGGUCUCAAUCCUCGAGGCCAGAGUUGAAGAACGAGAAAAAGAGAUUGAAUCUCUACUGAAAUCAAACAAUGAACAGAGGGCCAGCACUGUUCAGGUUUUGGAGAGUUUGCUGGAGACCGAACGGGCUGCAAGGGCCGAAGCAAACAGCAGGGCAGAAGCUUUGUCUCUACAACUUCAAUCCACACAAGGAAAACUGGACCUUCUUCAGCAACAAAUGACAACAGUCCGAUUGAAUGAGUCAGCACUUGACAGUAAACUGAGAACCGGAAAACGGGGGAGAGGCAAUGAAACAGGGGGAGGAGUGGACUCAGUACAGGACACAAGGAGGGCUAGUAAGAGAGCGAAGAGCACUACUAGUCCUCUAAAGUUUGGGGGGUCCCCCCCAGACGACGAUGCUUCGGUUUACAGGGGGUCUGUUGAAGAGGACGAGAGCCCGCAGCAGACAGCCACGACAACUACAGAGGACUAUACCAAGUUCACUAUCCAGAAACUUAAACAAGAGCUUACCAAACACAACUUUGGUGCUGAGCUGCUCCAACUGAAGAACCCUAACAAGAAGGAUAUUGUUGCUCUUUAUGAGAGAUGUGUUCUCCAAAACAAGUGUUAGCCUUUCCUAUACUCUUUGUGUCUUCCUCUUCUUCUCUUCCUCUAACUAAUGUCCUUUUUUAUUUAGUUUUUUUUGUGGGUUAGUAUUUGCUGUUUUACUAUUGGCUCCAAGAUUGAUUGUGGGAACAUUAUAAUAUUAACUGCUGCCAUUAAUCUCAGAAGUGUAAUUUGCAGAAGAAGACAACUGAGAGAUGCAAUCUUGUAAUUUUGGUUUGUCUGUUUAUGGGCCAGCUGUUUUUGGAAAUAUUUGGAUAGACCAUUUGAAGAUUUCUUGUUCUUGGUGCGGUAUAUUUUAUGAAUGCAAGUUUUCUUUUCACAUUCUUUCUUUAAUUUGUGCUCUCUAAGUGGACAAGUUUCUUCAUUAACAUUCAACUGCCAUCCAAGUUUGUAUAAUUCUAGGAAAAUGAAAGUUAUUCAAACUC